GGGCGGCGCGCGCGCCAUUCGCUCAACAACCACCGUCGCGCGCGCACCUCCCGACGCACCACUCACAGUGAACCAGUCCCGAUGAUCCUCCCCGCGAGCGCCAUGUCGCCGCCGCACGGCGCCUUCCACCCCCCCGCGCAUCCCUCCGCGCUGCACCCCGACGAGGAGCCCGUCUCCAGGACCUACCAGUACCGCAAGGUCAUGAAGCCCAUGCUGGAGAGGAAACGCCGCGCCAGGAUCAACCGCUGCCUCGACGAGCUCAAGGACCUCAUGGUGACCGCCCUCCAGGCGGAGGGAGAGAACGUCUCCAAACUGGAAAAAGCAGACAUCCUCGAGCUGACCGUCCGCCACCUCCACAGCCUCAAGCGACGAGGACAAUUAGUGCUUAAAAAUGAAAUGUCUUACGCGGAAAGAUUUCGUGCCGGAUUCACGCAGUGUGCCACGGAAGUGUCUCAGUUCAUAACGAAUGCUACGCUGGCGGCGAACGCGAUGCAGCGCGCCGGGCCGGUGGACCCGCAGGCGGGGGCGCGGCUGCUGCAGCACCUGAGCCACUGCAUCAAGCGGCUGGAGAGCCCCGCGCCGACGGGCGGGGUGGCGCGCCCCACGCCGCUGCCCGCCGUGCCCGCGCCCGCCCACCUCCAGCACCAGCCCGCAGAGUCCCGGGCGCUGAAGAGGCCGGCGGAGGCGCUGGAGACCACGAGCCUGGGCAAGCGGCAGUACGCCCCGCCCUCGCCGCCGCACAGCCCCGCCUCCGAGCCCGACCCCGCCCACUGCAUGUGGCGGCCCUGGUGAUGCCCCGGCUCCGGCCAGGCUCAGGCCUAGUGUGAUAUCAUUACUGUUGUUGUUUGUACCCACGUUCCUAGAACUCAGUGUUGAAAGCGAUGCAUGGCUAGUUUGAACCACGUUUUGAUUGUUGUUGUGUUUUCUUUUUAAUUUAAUAAAUAAGGCUUUGUUUUACGGUUUAGAUUUGUUUUUUCGUAUUCCUAAUUUGAACGUCUUCCGCAUCCGCUUUCAGAGCAUUUACUUGUUAGAUUUUUAAAGUACCAUAGUGUAUGUAGCACCUAAGUUAAGACUGUGAUACUCAAGUUAGCCCAGUAGUGACAAGGCUGUAGGUGUAGCUGUAGGAAAAUAAUCAAUAAGAACUAAAAAAGCAAUAAACAUUGUUUCUAUACUAC